AUGCAUAUUCUUCCUGUUUUUUGUUCUCUUUUUGUGUCAGCACUCGCUGAAGAGGUACCCCCUCAGUUUGAUGAUGGGCAACUGACUGGCAAUGGCUUUGGUAUACCUGGUAUCAAUGCCACAUAUGACUAUGUAAUCGUUGGCGGUGGUACAGCAGGUGCCCUUGCAGCAGCGCGCCUUACUGAGCACAGUAACGCGACUGUUGCUUUGGUUGAAGCCGGAGGAUUCUAUGAACUUAGCAACGGCAACGUCAGCCAGUUGCCAUUUAGGAUCAAUGAUUGGAAAGGAUCGGGGGGCGCGUCUAGCUGGCAGCCACUCAUUGAUUGGGGCUACUUCACUCAACCCCAAAACAACGGCAAGAAGAUCCAUUAUGCCCAGGGAAGAACAUUUGGCGGCAGCAGUGCCAGAAACCUGAUGAUGUUCAAUCGCCCUACCAAAGGGGCGUACAAGCACUGGGCCGAGAAAGUGGGCGAUGAUGCCUAUACGUGGGAGAACAUGCUCAAGUUCAACACAAGAACUAUGAAGUUCUCAGACAACAGUCAACACCGCCCUCAGAAUGCCACGGCUCUUUAUGACACUGCAGCUUUCUCAGGGAAAGGGGGUCCUCUACACCUCACCUUUCCAGGCUACGUCUUCCCAGUUUCGUGGGACGCCAUCAAAGCCUUUGAAGCACUGGGAUUUAAAGAGAUUCCAAGCUUCACUGCUGGUGUCUUGCAAGGUUGGGGCUGGUGGCAAUUCUCCAUCAACCCUGAUACUGGUCUUCGAGACUCUUCAGAGAGUUCAUUUUUGCAGCAAAGCCUGGGCCGGUCUGGCUUGACAACAUACAUCAACACCAUGGCCCGCAAGAUUCUCUUCUCUGGCAAAAAGGCCGUUGGUGUCACUGUUGAUAACUAUGGCCAACAAUCUUUCAAUCUGACCGCCCGAAAGGAAGUCAUCGUUGCUGCCGGGCUCUGGAGUAGCCCUCAGUUGCUCAUGGUUUCUGGCAUUGGGCCUGAAGAAACUCUCAAAAAGUUCGACAUCCCAGUCCUAUCAAAUCUGCCGGGAGUCGGCCAAGGCACACAUGAUUCAGCUGCUGUCCAUGGGCCUAUCUGGGAGAUUGAAGGAAUUUCAACGGGCGGUUGGAAACAGCCCUCCAAGAUGAAAGAAGCAAUCACUGAGUUCAAUCAACACAAGAAGGGCCCUCUUACCAAUGGCGGCGUUGAUGUCGGGGCAUUCGAGAAGAUUCCUCUGGCAAAUCUUAGCAAGAAGGCCCAAGAGGAUCUCGCUCAGUACCCUGACGACUGGCCUGAGGUAGAGUUCAUCAUGCAGAUGGUUGAUCCUCCAGCUGGUGCGACUGGCAAGAACUACGCUGCCAUGACCAUCAGGAUGGUUGGGACGGUCAGUCGUGGCAACAUGACUAUCUCAUCUGCGAGCAACCUUGACCCUCCUAUCAUUGAUCCAAACUGGCUACGAGCUGAUACAGAUAAGGAGGUAGCUCUGUAUGCUCUUCGAAGAGCCCGACAGCUUUGGGAGCAUAUUCCUUCCAAAAUUGGUAAGGAAAUAUACCCUGGCGCCAACAUCACCAGUGACGAACAUUUGCUGGAUCUCACCUACGACAACCUCGACCCGACGCAUCAUGGAACUGCUUCUUGUAGCAUGGGCAAAGCUAGUGAUUCAUCAGCAGUGGUCGACUCUAAGGGUCGCGUUUUUGGCAUCAAGAAUUUGCGUGUUAUCGAUUCCUCUACCAUGCCACUAACGCCACCUGGACACACAAUGGGUCCAACAUAUGGCAAUGCUGAGAAAUUGCUUGACUUUAUCAACGGUAUCGCAACAGAACAUUUCCUCCUCAUGGCGGAAACAGAGAAACAAGAAGGGUCUCAAGAUGGGCCUAUUCUGCAAAGCAGUUUUCAGGAGGAUGAUAACUCCGCUGAACAAGCCUCUCACUCAACUGACCAGACGAACACAAAUCUAGCAAUUGGUGGUGAUCACAAAAAGAAGCUCGGUGUGCUUUUGGGCUCAGCACUUAUGCAGCUCCCGCUCUGGGGCUUCAAUCUGAGUUACGGUAUUUUUGAAGAAUACUGGACAAGCAACUGGACUCUCGAUGGCGAUCUCUCCAUCACUGGCACAGUCGGCACUACCUCCAACGGAGUCAUGUAUAUCUCCAUGCCGUUCUUGUUUGCCAUAUUCACCCGCUACUGGGCUCAUCACCGGAUCAAAGCAGAGCUCGGAGGCCUCAUCAUAGCAUUCCUCGGGUUCAUUCUCUCCUCCUUCAGUACCCAUGUGUGGCAUCUCAUGGUGACACAAGGCGUCAUGGCUGCUUUUGGAUGUACCCUCGUGUACAGCCCAGCAACAUGUUCUCUCGGGGAGUGGUAUGCCACUGGAAAUCGAGCUAUUGCCUAUGGUAUCAUUCUCUCGUGUAGGAAUAUUGUUGGCUCGGUUUGUCCUUUUCUUCUGCGGUAUCUUCUUGACCAAUACGGCUUUCGAUGGACAAUUCGGAUAUGGGCGUUCAUUCUAGCUGGGUCAGGUCUUUUGUCCAUCGUUCUCGUGCCAACGCAUCCUUCCAAAAUGGUGGCACGAGAGGGAAAGCCUCCCCGCAUACCAUGGACAUUCCUAAAACACCGUGGCAUUUACACCUACUUCGUUGCAGUCAUGGUUCAGAGUUCAGGGUACUGUCUGCCGCAGACAUAUCUCCCAACAUUUGCAAGAGAGUUCAACGGCGCCAGUCAAGCUAUUUCUACUCUAUUGCUUACGCUGCACAACAUUCCGGGCAUCCUCUCGUGCUUCUUCUUCGGUUGGCUCACUGACAAUAAGUAUCAUCAAUUCUCAGCCACUACUAUUACUUGCCUCUCGGCGUUCGCAUCCUCAGCGUCUGUCCUUUUGCUCUGGGGACUGUCAGUAGAUGGAAGUCCGGCCCUUACACUUGUAUUUGCCAUCGUCUUUGGCUUCUUUGCCGGCGGCUACAGUGCGACAUGGGGAGGCAUUACUAAGGAACUUGAGAUUGAAGCAGAGGAGCAUGACGAGACUAUUGACUCCAGUCUUACAUAUGGACUUCUCAAUGGAGCUCGAGGUAUUGGGUUUGUCAGUGGUGGGCUUGUAAGUAUCCCAUUGCUGAGCGCAGGAGACACAGGCUGGGGAGGGAGGUUUGGCUACGGAACCAAGUAUGGUCCACUUAUGGUCUUCACCGGCAUUGCAGUCGCUUUUGGUGGCCUUGGGUUGAUCAGGGCUGCAAGAAUAAGACCACACAAGACUUCAACAUCAGGCUGA